AUGCCACUGAUUGGACCUUCGAUUGAUUCCUUGGUGAAUUGCAGCAACUUGCAGAGUCUCUCUGUUGCAUUCAAUGAUCUCGGAGGUGUGUUACCUCUGUCAGUAGCCAACUUCUCCAAGGAGAUGAUCCAUUUGUACAUGGAUUACAACCAUUUCUCAGGGAUCCUUCCUCAUGGGAUUGAAAACUUAGUCAGUUUGAAUAUCUUGCAAUUCAGUAAUAAUCAACUGACUGGCCCAAUUCCAGAGCACAUUGGACAGUUUGCCAAGUUACAGGUUUUGAGUUUGGGCGACAACAAGUUCACAGGCUACAUUCCCUCCAGCAUUGGCAAUCUGACUUUGUUGUCAGAUAUCUACUUAUCUGGGAAUAGAUUUGAAGGCACUAUACCUUCUUCUAUGAUAACUCUCAGGCAACUCAAAACACUGGCCCUCUCUAACAACAGAUUUAGUGGGAGAAUGCCUGGAGAAAUCCUUGGACAAUUCUUUUCACUCUCUGUUCUUGAUUUAGCCAACAACUCUUUCAAUGGAACUAUUCCUUUUGAAAUUGGAAGCUUGAUAAAUCUACAACAAUUGCAGUUGAGUGGGAACAGAUUGACAGGUGAAAUCCCUGGGACUAUCAGUGGAUGUGUAGUCUUAGAAGACCUCAAUUUGCAAGGUAAUCUCAUUACUGGAUCCAUUCCUCCAUCUCUAGGCAAACUAAAAGGUCUCAAAAAUUUAAACCUUUCACACAAUAGCUUGUCAGGAGGCAUUCCUUCAUCUUUUAGCAACUUAAAACUCCUCCAAACACUUGGUCUAUCAAACAAUAACUUAUCAGGUUGGAAAUGUUGA